AGAGCCGCUCUGUUCCCAGAGAUUUGUACAGUCAAUGCUGGGAAGAAUGGAAGACAUCGGAGCCUGCCAGGCCACCUUUCCUCGCGACAGCCUCUGCAUAACCCCAAAACUGCAUUUCCUAAGCGUGCCUGAGGCUCACUGGGGAACUUCUCCCUGCUCUGGAUUACAACCAACUGUUUACGGAAGUGCAGAGGAGGGGAACAGGGCUGGAUUGCCAUCCCAUCAGGCGUGUAUGCAGGGGAAAAAGCUGCUCUGCAUUGGGGAGUCCCACCCCGCUCCAGGGCGGGGACUUGGCCACCCAGGACACGGUGAGCAAAGCUCUCCUCAUCCCUGCCAAGGUACCCGCUUGGGACAGCAGUUGUUUAAUAAACAACUGGGGACACAGACAACACCAGAUUGACCAAAUACAAGAGCGAUGGCAACAAUCAAGGGGGUCUCCGGUUUCAAUGCUGAGGAAGAAGCACAGGCACUGAGGAAGGCUAUGAAGGGAUUUGGCACAGAUGAAGAUGCCAUCAUCGAGAUUUUGACCAAACUAAACGUUUCCCAACGUCAGCAAGUUCUGAUUGCCUAUAAAAGCACUAUUGGCAGGGACUUGAUUGAUGACUUGAAGUCUGAGCUGAGUGGGAAUUUUGAAAGGGUGAUCGUUGGCAUGAUGACUCCUACCACCAUGUAUGACGUGCAUGAACUGAGGAGGGCUAUGAAGGGUGCAGGAACAGAUGAAGGCUGCCUGAUUGAAAUUUUGGCUUCUCGCACAAAUGAAGAGAUUCGGCGCAUUAGUGAGAACUACAAACUGCAAUACGGCCGUGCCCUUGAGGAGGACAUUGUCUCUGACACCUCUUGCAUGUUUCGAAGAGUCCUGGUGUCCCUCGCAACAGGAAACAGAGAUGAGGGAACAUAUGUGGAUGAUGCCCUUGCUCAACAAGAUGCUCAGUGCCUGUACGAAGCUGGGGAGAAGAGGUGGGGAACGGAUGAGGUGCAGUUCAUGUCCAUCCUCUGCACAAGGAACAGAUUCCACCUCCUGAGAGUUUUUGACGCCUACAGAGGGAUUGCUAAUAAGGACAUAACAGACAGCAUCAAAUCUGAGAUGUCAGGAGAUCUCGAAGAUGCUUUGUUGGCUGUGGUCAAGUGUAUGCGAAAUAAACCUGCGUAUUUUGCUGAAAGAUUGUACAAAUCCAUGAAGGGCUUGGGAACAGAUGACAACACGCUGAUCCGAGUGAUGGUGUCCCGCUCUGAAAUAGAUAUGCUGGACAUCAGACGGGAAUUCCUGACCAUGUAUGGGAAAUCGCUCUACUCCUUCAUUAAGGGAGACUGCUCCGGAGACUAUCGGAAAGUCCUGCUCCGACUCUGUGGUGGGGAGGAUUAGCCUCCUUGAUGGGAGCAGCUGAUCGUAGGGAUCUCAUUCUUUUCCAUUUUCCCUAAAUACCUUAUUAAUUGCUAGGAUCAUUGUCUUAAGAUCGUUAAUGCUCUGGUUGGGUAAUGGCCAUUCUGGUUGACCCAUUUGAUAUGCUUUUAUGCUUGAAACACCCAUUUGUCUACUAAUUUGGCUAGCAAAGCCCAUCUUAAACAGAGUGCUGUAACCAAAUAUGUAAAAGCUAAAUUGUUUCCUGAUGAGCUGUGCCUUUGCCAUUGCAUUCAUCAGCAAAAUUGACCAACCAAAGCAAACUGGGACACAGAACAGGAGGGACUGCACAGGGAAAAUUCACCUUGUCAACAUACAGAGAAUGCAGAACGCAGGCUUGCUUCAGUUUUUGCAAGAUAAUUUAGAAUCACUUGGUUGCAAAAGACCUUUAAGAUCAUCAAGCUCAACCGUACCUGUCCACUACUCAACCAGAUUCCUAAGCACUUCCUCUGCCCGUCUUUUAAACCCCUCCAGGGAUGGGGACUCCAUGACCUCCCUGGCAGCUGUUCUAGUGCCCAAGAACCCUUUCCACGAAGAAAUUUUUUCCUGAUAUCCAAUCUGAACCUGCUUUGGCACAACUUGAGGCCAUUUCCUCUCGUCCUAUCACUUGCUACUUGGGUGAAGAGACCACCACCCACUUCACUAUGACCUUUUUCAACCACAAAGCAGUCAAUCAUCUAAAAUUCAAGUGUAUCUAGAUCUUAACUCGCCUUCUGCUAGCGCAGAGCAUUAAGAGCCUGGCUGCCCUUCCAUCAGUGGUGGAGGAGAUGUCCGUGGUGCCAUCAGAGAGAACUCCUGCUACCCUGGUCACUGGCCAGCCCCCAGUCUGCCUGCCUUGCCUCAGGGCUACAUUACAAACCCUUCCUCUGGAUGAAGUGAUGCCUUUGGAAUGGUGCCUUUUAAGGAAAGACUUGUUCCCAAAUCCACAUCUUCACAGCUCCUCAGGUCUCCCAGUGCUGGCUGGUUGGAGUCCUAGGUAACGCUGCCCUUAAGAGGGUCUGGUUUUGGUCCAUGCCUGCCUUGCUCUGCCACACUGACCUCUAGGAGAGACUUUUCCCUCAACCCCUGCCCAACUGCCUGCUAAGCUGGGUGUUGUUUUCACUAUAAAAACAUGGUUCUUGUUCUGCUCAGCUGUUUUUAUUCCUGUAGCUGGUAUAGAGCCUGCUUUGAGGGCAUCACACCAAGGUGAGAAGGUACAAACACCAAUACAGCCUACACCAAUCGUCGCUGUCUGUGCUGUAGCUGGAGAAACCGUCCUUAGUUCUGGGGAGAGGAGCAGGUCUUUUUCCAGUUCUGCUGAAGCUUCCGCUCAGGGAAACAAAACUUGCCUUACCCAAUGUGACAGGCUGAGGGAUGCGCUCAGGCUGGGCUCUGCGUUCAAACGCCUUGCGUUGCACUGCUGAUUAUUAAAAGUGGAUAAACAAUU